AUGUCCAAUGGUCUUCCACCCGUCCUAUAUCGCUGCUGGUCCACGAAAAGCGCGGGCGAUCUGAGAAGCCGCAAAAACUGCUCCAGGAAUUCCAGCAGCACAGAAAUCUCUAUGGUCGCACACCCACCGCGUUCGUGUCGACGACGUCCGACUUCAUCCGAGCUCUCCAUGUCGCCUAUCAAAAGAUUCCUAACGAAAAAGAUGCACGAAAUGUUAAGAUUGCAUUCCUCACCCGAAACGGACCCUCGAACCAAAAUCUACCAUGCCAAAGAUUUUGCCAUGGGAAGUGGGAGCUCGGAGGAAGAAGCCAACAUGUUCAAAAACGAGUACAUUUUCCUUUGGGAAGUGCCGGACGACAAUGUGAUUCAUACCGUUUCGAUGGACCUUGUCAUCGCAAGAGGAUUCACUCUACCUGGACUUCAUGUCGGCCGACCUCUGCCCAGCUCCUCCGACCUGCGAAGGGCAAUCGUAGACCAUGGAAACCAGCUGUCCCUCUUUGAGAGAGGAUACCUUUGCGGAACAGCUGCCUGCAUGUUUGGGGUAAGGGCACCCGUAUAUGAUAUUGCCUUAGGGGUUUCCUGUUGGGGACGCGGUAGGCCUUAUAUCAUCGAUCGAGCAACUGAAGAAGCCAUCCAGGAUCGAAUGAUCACUGUUGCGGAAGACUUGGAAGAAGAAGGGGAACUGGAAUUUCUGGUGUCUGAGCUGAGUUGCUUGGAGGACACGCACGACGAGGCCAUCAUGGAGAUAGGCUGGGAGCUGCAGAAUGGCCAUGAUGUAGAGGACUUACAGGCUUUGCUCGCGAACGAAGAGUCGAAGAUCACGGGUCACCGUCAAAAGAUUGCAGGCCGAGUGGAGGCUGUAUACCAGCGCUUAGGGUUUUGA